AUGCCUCCUAUAUGCUUUAUUGCGGCAACUGCUGUUUUCGUCCUCGCCAAGUGUCGAAUUCCUCCUCUUUGGAAUCAGCUUCCUGGAAGCAAUACCUCUUGGUCGGGCUCAGAGUUUAGAUUCUUCGACCCAUCAACCUACCUCAGCCUAGAAGACGGAAAGAAAGUAUUGCAUGACACGUUGGAGUUCCACACGGAUCCGUUCUUUGCCGAAUGUCGCCCAUACGGGUACCUACAAAGAGCACGGCGAAAACAUGGUCUUAAACGUUGUGACUUCGCGGAAUGUCACGGCUUUCUAGGAUUGAACAAGGAGAACGCAGUAUAUGUCGAGAAUGAGCUAGGUACCAACCUUUGGGACGUUUCCCCAGGCAACAAGUACCGCAAGAGGGUAGAAGGCAGCCCUAUACGUGUCAUAGUGAAAGAGUUCAUCAAAGAUGAUCCAGUCAUUGACUCGCGAGCCAUGGAGAAGAUGAUCAAAGGCCUUAGCUGGAUGAACAAGCACGGCAUCCUUGUGUGGGAUAUACAUACCUACCAGGCCGGGAUCCUUGUUGACUUCGGCUCAGCUUGGACAAAGCCUCAUAUCAGCAUCUAUUUUACGCUCCCUUUGACUAUGCAGACCAUCAAUCUGAACUCACUCGGCGAGCACAACCCACAUACUGUUCCAUAA